AUGGAAAAGCCAGAAAACCGUUUUAUUCUACGUCCCCAAAACGAACUUCUCAAGCAACUUGCCGGUGCCACGACCUCAAUACCCCUGAUAGCCAGCAACGAAGACCACUUGCCCACAGAAGUAUCCCGGUACUUUGCUCAACUUGUCUCGAGAGCCCAAUUAGUGAUGGCUGCAUCAAUAAUCAUGGAAGCCACGACCGAGAUCUCACCCCUGGAGGAAAUAUCGGAACUCGUCUACAAUGUACUUACAAUGCUAAACAACGCCGUCUACCACCUAAAGAAAGCUGGUGGUGGGAGUAUUGACGAGCAAACUGCAUAUACAAUUGCCCUGGAGGUUAUGAGGGGAAACAUAAAUGAGGCCUAUCGAGUGAAAAUGCUAAUGGGCUCAAAGCUGGGUGGUCAUCUAGUGCACUGCAUACAAGUGGCACAUGGUCGUCUGCUGGAUCGGAUUCUUCGCUACGUGCUGUUGACUGACAGAAAAGACGAUCUGGACCAUUUGCUUGGGGAGUAUCUGGACGCAUAUAACCAGCAGCCUAUGCAACAGGGACUUAUUCACCGUUGGCUCACCUUUGCUGCUCUCGCUUUCAAGCUAGCUCAUGAGGUGGGUAUCGCUCCCAGCAUCCCAGCCCUCAUCAGGUCUUUUCAAAGUUCAAAGUUCUUCCGAGAGGCCGGCAUCCCCUAUGCUGCGAAGCGGAUGCGCGUUAAAGCAGACGCUCCAAUUGGGUCGCACCGUUUACGCAGUGAGUACAGACCAAAGAUGUUCAUUACACGAAAGCUGUCAAAGAGGAGGACCAAAAAGCGUCCAGGGCAAAUGGUUCGGGUGGAAGAGCUGGAAGUAAAACGCCUCAGCAUAACAGAGGAUGAGAAGAAAGAACUGGCGGAGGAGAAGGCGGUGGCGAAGAUCCCACCGAUAACUCGCACGAAGGUGGAUUUGAAUGAGGAAGAUAUUUACCACCUUGAGUUGCCCAAAACUCAAACUCUCUACAAGAUUUCGGAUAUGAAGGAGAUCGAGCUUACCGCCAGCACUCCCUUAAGCAGAUAUAAAAAAGGGAAGAAAAUCUCCGAGGGAGUUUCAUUUGAUGAAACAAUGAAAGAAGCAUGGGAAUCUCUUGCUCAAUUGCAGAGUGAGUGGGGUGUUCUCUUCCUUUUCCUUUCUUUUCUUCUUCUUCUCCUUCUUUUUCCUGCUCGACCCAUUUGCUUUCCUUCGGUAAUUUUCUGUCACGGAUUACGAUAA